UGUAUUCGUCGCUGUCUAUAUUACCAGCUCUUGCUGUCCAACAUCUUGUGCUAUACCAUAAUGACCCAAAAGCUAAAACAUGGCCUUCACUAAGCUAUUAUUAUUUCGUCUAAUUCUCUGUUCACUUUUAUGUCUUGAUUCCUCCCAAGUUCUUAAAGUUUUCACCUUUUCUUCCUUUGCCUUUGUUCCGAUCUCUGCUUAUGAAGUUGCGGAAAACCAAGAGAGGGAAGCAAGUGCUUUAUUUGAGUGGAGAGUGAGCCUUGACAACCAAAGCCAAGCCUCUCUUUCUUCAUGGACCACUCGUGUAAGUCCUUGCAAGUCAUGGAAAGGAAUUGUUUGUGACAAUUCCAACUCUGUCACCGAUAUUAAUGUUACAAACUUUGGACUAAAAGGUACUCUUCACAGUCUCAACUUCUCAUCUUUUCCCAAGUUGCUUAGUCUUGAUAUUAGUAACAACAGUUUUAGUGGAACUAUUCCUCCACAAAUUGCUAACUUAUCCAGAGUUUCUCAAUUGAAAAUGGAUGAUAAUCUCUUUAGUGGUUCAAUCCCUGAAGAGAUUGGAGAAUUGCGGAACUUGAAGCAGCUAAUACUAGCAAAAAAUCAACUUUCUGGCACCAUUCCUCCAACAAUUGGAAUGUUGGCAAAUCUUGUUAAACUUGACUUGUCAAAAAACUCUAUCUCUGGGACAAUUCCUUCGAUUAGAAACUUGACAAAUAUACAACUCCUUAGGCUCUCAAACAAUACUCUCUCUGGCUCCAUUCCACCCUACAUAGGAGACUUGGUCACUUUGACUGACUUUGAAAUCCAGAAUAAUAGUAUUUCAGGGUCCAUUCCUUCCAAUAUUGGAAACUUGACAAAGCUGGUCAACUUUUACAUUCCCCUAAACAUGAUUUCUGGAUCCAUUCCUAACACCAUCGGAAACUUGGUCAAUCUAUAUGCAUUGGACCUUUCUAGGAACAAUCUUACUGGAGUUAUUCCUUCCAGCCUAGGAAAUUUGACAAACCUUGUCUUUUUGUUAUUGUUUAAUAACACACUUCAAGGUAGAUUACCACCAGGAUUGAAUAACUUUACCAAUUUUCAGAGCUUACAACUAUCUUCAAAUAGUUUCACUGGUCCUUUGCCACAACAAAUUUGUCUUGGUGGGUCAUUGAGAAAAUUUGCUGCCAACUCUAAUUAUUUCACGGGUCCAGUUCCAAAAAGCCUGAAAAAUUGCUCUAGUCUUACCAGAGUUAACCUAUCAGGAAACCAGUUGAGCGGAAAUAUCUCAGAUGAUUUUGGUGUAUAUCCAAAUUUGACCUUUGUUGAGUUGAGUAGCAAUAAUUUUUAUGGCCACAUUUCACCAAAUUGGGCAAAAUGUCCUAAUCUCACAAGCCUUAAGAUGUUCAACAACAAUUUAAGCGGUGGUAUACCGCCAGAACUUGGCCACGCACCCAAAUUAGAAAUACUUGAUUUGUCUUCAAAUCAUCUAACAGGAAAAAUUCCAGAAGAACUUGGGAACUUGACCUCAUUGUUUGAUCUGUCAAUAAGUGACAAUGAACUUUAUGGCAACAUUCCUACACAGAUAGGUGCUUUGUCCCGCCUUCAAAAUUUGGAGCUUGCAGCAAAUAAUUUUGGUGGCCCAAUUCCAAAACAGGUGGGAGAAUUGCUCAAUUUACUUCACUUGAACUUGAGCAAGAAUAAAUUCAGAGGAAGAAUUCCUUCGUUUAUCCAAUUGCAAUCUCUUGAAGAUCUUGAUCUUAGUUGGAAUUUGUUAAAUGGAGAAAUAUCAGUGGCACUUGCAAGUAUGCAAAGAUUGGAAACACUAAACCUCUCCCACAAUAAUCUCUCUGGAGCCAUUCCAUCUAGUUUUAAGGACAUGAUUAGCUUGACAAAUGUUAACAUAUCCAACAACCAAUUAGAGGGUUCAAUUCCUAACAAUCCAGCUUUUCUUAAGGCUCCAUUUGAUGCAUUGAAAAAUAAUAAAGGCUUGUGUGGAAAUGCCUCUGGAUUGGUGCCUUGCCCAGAGUUGAGUCACAGUGGUAAAAUGAAAAGAAAAGCCAUCAUGUUGGCAUCAUUCCUUACUUUGGGUGCUUUGUUUCUAUUAGUAUUCACGACUGGAGUUUCGUUGUGUAUUUAUUAUCGAAGAGCGACAAAAGCCAAAAAGGAGGAGGCUAAAGAAGAAAAAGUGGAGGAUCAUUUUGCCAUAUGGAGUUAUGAUGGAAAAAUAUUGUAUGAAAAUAUCAUUGAAGCCACAGAGGGGUUUGAUGACAAAUAUCUCAUUGGAGAAGGAGGGUCUGCAUAUGUUUAUAAGGCAAAAUUAUCCACAGGACAAAUUGUUGCUGUCAAAAAACUUCAUGAGGUAUCCGACGAGGAAACACUCAAUUUAAAAGCUUUUACAAAUGAAGUGAAAGCCUUGGCAGAAAUAAAGCAUCGUAACAUUGUGAAGUCAUUAGGAUAUUGUUUACAUCCACGUUUCACCUUUUUGAUUUACGAGUUCCUAGAAGGGGGUAGCUUGGAUAAAGUACUAAACAAUGAUAUGCAUGCAACAAAGUUUGAUUGGAACAAAAGGGUGAAGGUUGUUAAAGGUGUGGCAAAUGCUUUGUAUCAUAUGCAUCAUGGUUGCUUUCCUCCUAUUGUUCAUCGUGACAUAUCAAGCAAGAAUAUACUUAUAGAUUUGGAUUAUGAAGCCCGCAUCUCUGACUUCGGAACAGCUAAAAUUCUAAAUCCUGAUUCACACAAUUUAACCGCGUUUGCUGGAACCUAUGGGUAUUCUGCACCAGAGCUUGCUUAUACUAUGGAAGUGAAUGAGAAAUGUGAUGUGUUUAGUUUUGGAGUGCUUUGUUUGGAAAUAAUAAUGGGAAAACAUCCGGGAAAUCUCAUUUCAUUAUUUUCAUCUUCUGAAACGUCAUCAGCGUCUAAUUUGCUGUUAAAGGAUGUGUUGGACCAACGACUCCCUCAGCCAGCGAAACCAGAUGUUGAAGAAGUGAUCUUGAUUACAAAAAUAACAUUUGCUUGCUUAAGUGAAAGUCCACGUUUUCGUCCAAGCAUGGAACAAGUGCAUAACGAGUUUGUGAUGCCAAAAUCAUCUUCAGUGGAUCUAUUCCCCAUGAUCACUCUUGGUCAACUUGUCAAUAAUUGACCCUUGUUGUCUAGUGUGUUGCAAGUUUUUUUUUUUUCCUAUGUUAAUAUUUUGUAUGUGCGUUUUACAUGUUUUUAUCAAGUGUGUUGCAUGUUUCCUCAGUUUCGUAAUACUUGGAAGAAAGUUAUCUUAUGUGUUUCUGUAAGAUGUAAGGUCGA